CCUCCGCCACUAAUUCAUCGAUUUUGAUCCGAUCCUGCUCAGCCUUUGAGUAAUGUCUAAACCACAGGCGGUGGACAUAGAGAUGAAUGGACUCGGCAACGGCACACCGGCGACAGAGCCGCCACACGAGCAGCAGCAGCAGCAACAACAACAAAAGCAACAAGAACAGAGACAUUUUGCCGGCUGGGAGAGAAACGACAGCAACGUCCUCCUCGUCGUCGCCACGCUCAUCACAGCUCUCACAUACCAGAUGGGCACCAACCUCCCCGGAGGCUAUUACCAGGACGACAGCGGCGGGCACCAGGCCGGCGACUCCAUCCUCCGCGACAAGCACCGCCUCCGCUACUGGCUUUUCAUGGCCGCCAGCUGGGCCGGUUUCGGAAACUCCAUGCUCAUGACGCUGGCGCUGCUCACCGGAGUCCGCGUGGAGUCGCGCCUCAUCCGGUGGCCCUUUGCAGUUGCCUACUCGAGCCUCGUCCUCGCCUUCAUCGCGUCGCAGCCCAAGACGCAUCUCCUCUUAGACAUCCUCCUCUGGGUGUUAGUCCUCUUCAUCUUGUGGGCCGCCAUCAGUUUCAAACGGUGCGAGGUCAGCGAUCGAGCGUCGCCGGGCUCCCUGAAAGACUUUGUCCGCCGCCUUUUCGGCCGUUAAUCAUUGGCAAGUGAACUAUCGGUAUUGUUUCCCGUUCAGUUUGGCAAGUCAACUAGAAUUCGGAUAGUCUGUCCCAUUUUUCCCCUUUUCUCCGCGUCUCACUCAUCGCCUCUAGGCCACUGGACUAUACCAUAGGAAAGGUGAACCCAUGGAAUCGCCGCUGAAAAAUGGGGUACAAAUGAUCCGAAAUCAGUCAACUAUCGCGAGCUUGUUUGCUAGGUUGUGCCAUCUGUAAAUCAGGAUAAAAAUAUUAAUUUUGUACUUUUCAUCUAAAUUAUUAUUAUUAUUUAUUCUUUUUUCUUUCUAAA